UUCACCCUCUCCCUGCAUCUUUCCCAAGGGACAGAAGAGCAACCAGGAGGCCGGGAGGAGGGCGGCGCUGGGAGGUCUCGGCUGACACCGCCUCUUUACUAGCCCGGCCACAGACCUUUGAUCUCGAACUCCUGCCGGGGUUUCUAAAUGAACACGUCUCCGUUGCUUUUGUAACCUCCUUUUGGUGGGGCUGGAAGCAGCCCAGCGAGCAAAGGUCGGAAGUCCCGGCAGGCAGGCAGGCGGAGAGCGCCCGGCUUGCCUCCAGCGCCCGCCCGCUGCAACUGCGCCUGAGUCUCUGUCCAGGGACCCGAAGGACGCGCCCAAGCCACGCAUCGGCGGGAGGUUCGCGGAGCGGAGGAAGCUUUCCUGGUUUAGUAAUGGCGACGAUCACUGCUGUUCCAAAGUCUUCCCUUGCUGAUGAACCAUUGAAAAUCCACAUCACUGGCCUGAAGCCCUCCCAGCUAGUGACCAUCCAGGCCUCCCUAACAGAUGAAAAAGGGGUGCUCUUCCAUGCCAGAGCUUUUUACUUCGCAGACAAGAACGGUGACGUGGAUCUAGUGAGAGAUGCUGCCGCCGGAGGGGAUUAUUCUGGUGUGCAGCCGAUGGGUAUCUUCUUGUUCUUGAAGCCAGAGAAGCCGUUUUCUAGGCUGAUGAAACGAGAUGUGAUGAACACCCCCUACAAGGUCCAGCUGGACGUGUUUGAUUCAUUUCAAAUUGUUUCCCCAUCAGAGGACCAGUCCUUAGCCAAAGAAACUGUAGACCGGUGGUACUCAUCUCCUGGUGUGCAAAGGAUCCCCGUCAGGCAUGGCAGAGUCCGUGGGGCUCUCUUUCUUCCCGCAGGACAAGGUCCUUUUCCAGGAGUAAUUGACAUUUUUGGUGGCAUCGGUGGGCUGACGGAAUUUCGCGCCAGUCUUCUUGCCAGCCGUGGGUUUGCGACUUUGGCUCUAGCUUAUUUCGCUUAUGAAGAUCUGCCCUUUGUUCUGGGCCCGAUAGAUUUGGAAUAUUUCGAGGAAGCAGCUGAGUUUCUCCUGAAACAUCCCAAGGUUCGUGGGCCAAGACUUGGUAUAGUGGCGAUAUGCAAAGGGGCAGAGAUUGCGUUGGCCAUGGCAACGUUCUUGCCACAAAUUGGAGCGACGGUUUGCAUCAACGGGACCAAUGCUGUCAAUGGAUAUCCCCUCUAUUACCGAGACCUGUGCAUCCAGCCAAUCCCGUACAAACACGAAUGCAUGCUAAUAACCGAGCAGGGUCUUGUUGAUAUGUCUAACAUAUUCGGCGACCCGCAAGCAAAGCUUCAUCAGGGCAGUAUCUUACCUGUGGAAAAAGCCCAAGGAAAGAUCCUCUUUAUUGUGGGAGAAAGUGACAAGAACUAUAACAGUAAGGCUUAUGCCACGGAAAUCCUGGAGAGGAUGACGAAACUCGGGAAGACCCACUGCACCCUUCUCUCCUAUCCAGGUGCUGGGCACCUGAUAGAACCUCCGAGCUCCCCCUGCUGUUACCAGUCCUGGUUACCUAUCCUCUCCCAUCCUGUUUUGUGGGGAGGGGAGGCCCAAGCCCAUGCCGCAGCACAAAUCCAUUCUUGGAGAGAGAUCCAGAAAUUUCUCUACCUGCAUCUCGUUCUGGCUCAGUCCAGCAGGCUUUGAAAUCUGCCCCUUGUGAUCUGAGCAGACCCGUCACUAACACAACACUGAAUCAACACUUUAAAAAAAUGUAUGUUAAGCACGAGCAUCCGAAGCACAGCCAUGGUUGAACGUCACAACAGAAUGAAUGACAAGCAUCCAGUGGGAUUUCCGUGUGUACCUCUGCACUUAAGGUGUGAGGGAGGAGAGGGGAUAGCAUGCAUGCCCUGUUUUUUUGGGGGGGAGGGCAAACUGAACAUGGGCCGUUUCCACACGUCUUCUCCCCCUCCUGAAAAAUGGCGCAAAACUUACGGAAUGAUGCGCCUUCGUGGCGCGAUUUCCCAAUAUGACUUUGCUUCGUGGUGCGAUGACAUCAGAAAACACAUCACAAAGCAAAUUCAUGAUGGGAAAUUGUGCUAUGAAGGCAUGCCAUUCCGUAAGUUUUGCGCCAUUUUUUGGGGGGGGGCGAGGAAACGGCCCUUGCUAUCAGAUGUACUACAUAGCACCACCACUGUGGUAAUCUUUUUAAACAUUUGAAAGCCACUUCUGGUAGUGUCGUUCAGAAGGGCAAAUCAGUAAGUGGGGAAAGGGUAAAGCAGCGGUCCCCAAUCUUGGUGAGGCUGUGGACACGUUGUGAGAAUUUUGAGGAGGGAUAGUGGGUGGCACCACCAGAGAAUGACUGCUAUGGGGGCAUGCAGUGGUUCUUUGGCAUAGGGUGCUAGGAGCAGUCACAAAAGAUUUGGGGGCUGCAAGCCACACAUCCUCCUACUAAGGCUUGGUGUGUGCCAGGGUCAACCAUGUGUGUCCUUAAAAGUAAGUGCUGCAAUCCAGGAAGGAUGAUACAUGCAGAGAAGGACCUUGUAUGUUUGAAUUCUCUUUUUGGGGUUCUUGCUGGAUCCUGACGUGAUACACACCGCAAUAGGCAUUUUGAUAUGAGGAACCCAAUACAGUUCUCACUAGCACCCUCAAGUCAUGUUUAUUACGGACAGGGCUCCUGAAAUCAGUUCUGUAGGGAAUGCUGUACACCGAACCACCCCAUCACGCUGAACCCAAGCAAAUUUUAGUUUAGUGGGAAUGCUGUUGGAAGUAGAUACUAACCAGGAAAUGAGAAGCAGAAUCUAAUUAGGCUGUUCUGAAUGCUUCUGGAAUUGUUAAAUUCCAAAGCACCAGACUUGGACUUGAAACCAUCUAAUUAAAAUCCUUGUUCGCCUUGAAGCUCAGUUGGUGAUCUUCAGUGAAUUAUCUCUCAGGCUUGCAGUGUAGAUAGAGCAGAAACAGCCUCAUGUAUACCAUCCGAAGCUCCUUGGAGAAAAAAGGUGGGAUACAAAUGUACGUAAUAGCCUGCAGACCAAGGCUUUGUGUGUGCCAGUGUCAAUCCUGUGUGUCCUUAAACGUGCUGCAAUCCAGCAAGGAAGAUACAUGCAGAGAAGCAGGUUGUAUGUUUGAAUUCCCUUUUUGGGGUUCUUUGUAUGCUAGAACCUGAUGUGAUGUGCAACAGGCAUUUUGAUAUGAGGACUCCAAUACAGUUCUCACUGGCAACCGUUGAUGUGAAUGUGGUAUGUAUUUCCAUUCACUUUGCAAGGCGGAGAAUUUGCACCCAUAACCUUGUGUUUCACACGAUGUGCGUGUUCAUUGCACAUGUUAGGAUUACGGCCAAGUCUCCACCGAAUGAACAGAAUUGAUUUUACACAGUGGAACUGGAUCUGCUUUUUAAAAAUGAGAACGGGAGAAUCCACCAUAUGAAGGAAAUAGGUGGAAUUUAAAGAAAACGACUUUCUUGUAUAUGAUUCAAAUCUCCGUCCUUUGUUUCCACCACUCUUGGGGGUAAGUAGUACCAGUUGCAGAAGAGAAAAAGGGCUGAUAUAAAUGACUUUUCCCCAGUACUAUGGUACUGGGAAAAAGUGAAGCCACAUAUGAAAACUGAGAGUCCCAGAUGAAUGUUGGGAAUGUCCCCGAAGAGAUCUGUAUCUCCCCAGUUGUAGGGCAUACACGAAUGAGUGAGGAUGGUUCCAUUUCUGGAAAGCUAUGAACAUUCCCAUAAAAAUAUAAACGAGAUUGUCAAACUGCCUUCCAGGCUUGUGGCAGGAAUAAAUCAGAAUGACUGAACUGAUGCCACUCUCAGCUCUUUGAGGAAGAGUAGAAUAAAAACGUAAUAAAUAAAAUACAAUGUUUCUGAUUUUCGUUAUUAUUUUUUUUUAAAUCUGCAUGCAUUCCGGUGAACGGUAUGGUACAGGAACAGCUCACUGCAAUAAGAGAUAAAAUGAAAACAUAGCUUAAAAUGGUACGUGUGGCAGUAGCCAGAUGGUGUUCAGAAGACUGGGGUGAAGCUCACACAGCUGUCUGGCAGCUAAUGUGUAUUUCAUACUGGGGUUUCUUUACUCAACUGUUAUACCGUUUCUGUGCACUAGUACAGCCCUGCCAGUCACCUCAUUGCAGGGGUCACUCGAAGAAUCUUUGUGUGCAACAUCCACAUUGCCUUCUUGCUCUGGAGGGGAGUAGUGGCCAAUAGGGAAGGGUCUGUAGCUCUGUGCUUUGCAGAAUUGCUGCUAUUCAGGGUUAACAAUACCGGACAAGAUGGAGUAAUGAUCUGUCAGAUACACCCCUGUUUACCUGCCAUGGUUGGGUCUAUGCAUAAUGUCCUGAUGCUCUGAAAAUGUGUAGAGGGAUCCUAAUUGCGACUUGGCUAUUAGUUGCUUACCUUGCAGGCGUUUUGCUUUCGUUUCCCCAGCCAUCUUGAGACCGUGGCCUGGGAGAGCUGGCUGGAGCCAGUCUUCCCUGAGAACUGUGAUGAAUUCUCCCCUUCCUCUUCCCUUCUCCCCACCAAGCCUGGACCCUUCGUGCCAAAACCCUAAUGGUCUCCCAUUUCCAGGGGCGGGAACGUUCCCGUAUAAUGAACGCUGCUCAUCCACCUUUCGUCACUUCUGCCAAUGACCCUGUCUGAGUACCUUGAUACUGAUAUAUCUCUAAUAAAGCAACUUUAACUCUUA